UGGUUGCUCGGGAAAUCAGGAUCCUAUGCGUCUCCACUUAUCCCAGUAACUGCGAGAUAGAAGGAGAUAGAAUUGGCAACAACGCAAGGCGACAUGGGGUCAUGUUUGCUGGGAGACCGGAAGCUGAUGGAAGCUGGAGAUGGAAAAGAACAAUUUCUGAAACAAAGGCAAGUCUUGAUAUUCUUUGUUUUGCUGGGCGUAGCUCAGGCUGCUUCGGAGCCUAGGCACUACUCAGUGGCUGAGGAAAUGGAAAGCGGCUCCUUUGUGGCCAAUUUGUUAAAAGAUCUGGGAUUGGAGGUAAAUGAACUAGCUGAACGGGGGGCUCAGGUGGUUUCGAAAGGGAAAAAAAUGCGCUUGCAGCUUGAUAGGCAGACAGGGGAUUUGUUGUUAAAUGAGAAACUGGACCGAGAGGAGCUGUGUGGCCUUGUCGAGCCAUGUGUGCUACCUUUCCAGGUGUUAUUGGAAAAUCCCUUGCAGUUUUUUCAGGCUGAGCUACGGGUUAGAGAUAUAAAUGAUCAUUCCCCGGUUUUCCUAGACAAAGAAAUAAUUUUGAAAAUUUCAGAAAGUAUCAAUCCCGGAACUACUUUCCUAAUAGAACGUGCCCAGGACUUAGAUGUAGGAAGCAAUAGUCUCCAAAGUUACACUCUCAGCCCCAAUUCCCACUUCCAUCUUAAUUUACAAGACAGUCCCGAGGGCAUAUUACCACAGCUGGUGCUGGACAAAGCUCUGGAUCGCGAGGAACGGGCUGAGAUCAGGUUAACUCUCACAGCGCUGGAUGGCGGGCCUCCACCCAGAUCUGGCACUGCCCUGGUUCGCAUCGAAGUUUUAGAUAGCAAUGAUAAUGCCCCCGAGUUUACAAAGCUGUUCUAUGAGGUGCAAGUCCUGGAAGACAGUCCCAUUGGAUUCCAAGUUGCCAUGGUCUCUGCUAGAGAUCUGGACAUUGGAACCAAUGGAGAAAUAUCUUACGUAUUUUCCCAAGCCUCUGAAGAGAUCCGCAAAACUUUUCAAAUAAAUGCCACGUCAGGAGAACUCUUUUUAACGCAGAAACUGGAUUUCGAAUCCAUUCAGACUUAUACAUUAAAUAUUCAGGCAACAGACGGUGGUGGACUUUCUGGAAGUUGCGUGGUGUUUGUCCAAGUGAUGGAUUUGAAUGACAACCCUCCGGAACUGACUAUGUCAACAUUUAUCGAUCACAUCCCAGAAAACUUGCAGGAGACCAUAACUGCUGUAUUCAGCGUUUCAGAUCCUGACUCGGGAGACAAUGGAAGAAUGGUUUGUUCCAUUCAAGAUGAUCUUCCUUUCUUGCUUAAACCUUCUGUUGAGAAUUUUUACACACUAGUGUCAAAAGGAGCGCUGGACAGAGAGAGCCAGGCGGAGUACAACAUCACCAUCACCGUCAGUGACUUGGGGACCCCCAGGCUGAAGACCCAGCACAACAUCACCGUGACGGUCUCCGACGUCAACGACAACGCCCCCGCCUUCAGCCAGACCACCUACACCCUGCGCGUCCGCGAGAACAACAGCCCCGCCCUGCACAUCGGCACCGUGAGCGCCACCGACAGGGACGCGGGCGCCAACGCCCAGGUCACCUACUCGCUGCUGCCGCCCCGGGACCCGCACCUGCCGCUCGCCUCGCUGGUGUCCAUCAACGCGGACAACGGGCAGCUGUUCGCGCUCAGGUCCCUGGAUUACGAGGCGCUGCAGGCCUUCGAGGUCCGCGUGGGCGCGGCCGACCGCGGCUCGCCCGCGCUGAGCAGCCAGGCGCUGGUGCGCGUGCUGGUGCUGGACGACAACGACAACGCGCCCUUCGUGCUGUACCCGCUGCAGAACGGCUCUGCGCCCUGCACCGAGCUGGUGCCGCGGGCGGCCGAGGCGGGCUACCUGGUGACCAAGGUGGUGGCGGUGGACGGCGACGCGGGCCAGAACGCCUGGCUGUCGUUCCAGCUGCUCAAGGCCACGGAGCCCGGGCUGUUCGGCGUGUGGGCGCACAACGGCGAGGUGCGCACGGCCCGGCUGCUGAGCGAGCGCGACGCGGUCAAGCACAGGCUGCUGGUGCUGGUCAAGGACAAUGGCGAGCCGCCGCUGUCGGCCAGCGUCACGCUGCACGUGCUGCUGGUGGACGGCUUCUCGCAGCCCUACCUGCCGCUGCCGGACGUGGCGGCGGCCGAGGCCCGGGCCGACCCGCUCACCGUCUACCUGGUCAUCGCCUUGGCGUCCGUGUCGUCGCUCUUCCUGUGCUCGGCGCUGGCGUUCGUGGCGGUGCGGCUGUGCAGGAGGAGCGGGGCGGCGUCGGGGGGUGGCUGCGCGGUGCCCGAGGGCCACUUUCCGGGCCACCUGGUGGACGUCAGCGGCGCGGGGACCCUGUCCCAGAGCUACCAGUACGAGGUGUGUCUGACGGGAGGGACUGGGACCAGCGAGUUCAAGUUCCUCAAGCCGAUUGUGCCCAAUUUCCUUGGUCUGGGUGAGGAGAGGUUAGUGAAGCAAACCCGUUUCAGGGAUAGCUUUGAAUAAAAUUAAGUAUUAAUUAAUAAGAGUCUACUGAGCCUAGUCUCAAUUAAUUUGUAGAAAAUCCUUUUUACUGCCUUGCCUGUAAGGUUCCUUUUAUUUCCUAAGUAGCUACCCUAUUCCAAUUUAGUGCACGUUACUGGUGUUUCUAAAGGGGUUCGUUUGUGUUAUAGGAAUGCAAAUUUUCUUUGUUUUCUUUUUGUUGAUUAGUCUCCCUGUACUUAAUUCAACUUGAAUUAUGAAAGUAUAUUUUGUAUUUUCAGAAGUUUUUAUUCUUUAAGUCAGAGCGCCUUUUUCCAAACUCACCUUCCAUAGUUCUUAUGUAAUUUUGCAGAAUUUAAAAUUUGAAACAUUUUAAUAUUUAUUCUUUUUCCAACCCAGGAUCUUUGUGUUUGUAUAUUCUUUUAGACUGGUAUAACUAGUAUUACUGCUAUUCUGUUAACCCACAUUGGCUAAAACCAUUAAGCUAUGCAUAUUCAUUAAUAACAACGCAGUCUCUCACAGUUUUCUAAAUAUGUACUUCCUUAAAGUGUUCAUAAAUGAAAAUUAAGAUUCAUUAGAGAUUGUGACAACCUUGACUGUUGGAUUGUACAAACCAUUUACAUCAAAAGUAC